AUGGAUAAUCUUAUAUCUGGAAAUUCGGCGACAUCCACUGAUAUUCAGAGAGUUUGCGAUCUCAUAAACCCUAACACAGGUUCGUGGGAUUUAGAAAUCCUACAACAGAACUUUUCUCCUGAUAUUGUGGAACAUAUAACUUCGAUAUUUAUCAAUCUCGAUGAAGAGGAUAUUCUAACCUGGUCUUGCACUCCGUCAGACAGGGAAGGUAUAAAUCCGCAGCAACAGCAAUGGAUUCCACCAGAUGAUAAUUAUGUGAAGAUUAAUACCGAUGCUGCUUUGAUUCGCAAUAAAGGAACAACAGGGGCGGUAGCUCAAGAUCACAGAGGAGUAUUCUUAGGCCGUGAAACAAUCACUUUUGACGCUACUUCCUCCAUUAUGGAUGAAGCUAUAGUUUGCAGAUUAGGGAUUACUUUGGCGAAAAUAUUAUCCGUUGAUAAUGUCAUCUUUGAAGGUGAUGCAAAGAAUGUAACAACUGCAAUUUUAGGGGAUUCUCGUGAUAUUCCUUGGAAUAUAUGUUCCGUCAUUCCGGAGAUUAAACAUGAAGCUUCUUCAUUUGAUGAUGCAAAGUUUUAACAUGUCCCUAAAAUUGUUAAUCA